GCAGGUGGGCCAGUCCGAUUAGUCGCUCGAGCCGUAACGGUCGCAUCGCGCACCGGCGCGGGCGCUUUGAUACGUUACGUUUCAAAAAUCGAACUUCAUCAAUGAACUUGUGCUUUUUAUGAUGAAUUAUGUUACGACACUAAAAUUACAAUGUUCAUGCAAUCACAUGACGCGACGCCCGGUGUCUUGGAGGAGGAGUUCAGUAGGCCGGUGGAGUCCAUCAUGAGGAUCGAGGACUUCAAGAGCAACUUCGCCAGGAGGCUGUCCAAUCGAUACACCACCAAGUCUCCUGUGGCCACUCCAAGAACGGACACCGCUUUGAAGCUACGACCAGAUAAAUCUAAUUCAAACGACAACGUUUCAGAAAGAAUUGAGCCAUAUUCUCAACUUUCAAAGAGUGUUGUGGAGCAGAACGGUGAAGCUGCUAAACCUCCGGACAAACCGACGCUGAAGACCAACAUGCGAUGCACCGAAGUCACCGCCUUGAACAUGGAGGUAGAAACUCUGAGGUGGCAGCUGGCACAGACUGAAGCAAACAGGCAGAUGCACAUAGCAUUACUUAAGCAGAUUGUGACGUUCUUAAAUAGAGUCAGAGAUCAUAUCGAUUAUCAGAAGAACGAAAGUACAAGGAAAGAGUCGAUGUCAACUAGGAUUCCCAAGUCCUUCAAUGUUGCUGACUUGCCUCGCUCAAGAUCGGUUCUCCACGUGAACAAAAAUCUCGAAUAUCUGACCCCAACCAAAAAAAUAAGCACAAGAAAGAUCAGCAAAUCCAUUAGCAAUGUUAAUGGUUUCAGAGAUGCCUCGGGCGUUUGGAAUCAGUCGAAACUUUCACUUAUAUCCGAGAACGAGUCGUCAAAUAAAAUAUCCGAAGAAAUGUCUAGACUGAUAACUCUUGCCAAUACAGUGCUCAGCACAAAAUUACCUGAUCUCGCGUGUUCAUGUAACGGCAAUCUCGACGAUGGGAACAAGUUUGCAGAUAGUAUCGAGAAGGGAGAAGCGAAGGUUAAUGAGCUCAACACUUCUUUGAGUCUUGUCGAGGAGAACUCGUCUAACGCUUUCAUUCUUAACACGGUCUGUGACGGCAAAGAUGUAUACGACAGCAUAAUCAACAAAUUCAUGGAAGUUAAAGAUCACUCCAUGAAUGACUUUAUUGUGUCGCCGUCACCACUCACCUGCGGUUUGGAAAACGACUUUGCCGGUGUUGAAUUGAACGAAAAAGAACGGCAGGGUCCUUUGUCUGUAAAAAAUGUUGCGGAACUAACCAACGGUAAAAUACUUAGAGGCUGCAAUGACAAAAGAAAUGAAUACAGUCACGUAUCUAAUUUCAUCGAAGACGAGAGUGGGUUCUCUUCGAUGAACUCGUUUCAGGAGAUUGGGAUACCGAUCAUAAGUAUCAUACCACCGUCGCCCUGCAAAGAAGUGGGCUACAUGGAGGAAAUGCCAGACAUUUUAUCCGAACACGAAAAAUGGAAGACUGAUACAUUGGAGCUUGACAAGCAAACUAUGAAAGUGUUUUGGGUUUAAAUUAUGUCAAUGUACAAAAUCUCUGUUCAAAGUGUCGUGAGUCGUCGUGAGUGUGCUGCAUCACCGUAUUUUGUUCGGUAGUUACGUUUUAAUAUUUAUUUUAAUUAUAUUGCCGAAAAGUAAGAAUACUAACAAUGCGAUGCCGUAAUUCUAGAAAUAAAGCCUAAAAACAAUAAAAUAUUCAAAAACAAAUG